AUGUCUUCUAGCCACAAAUACAUUGUUAAUGCUAAUUUCAAUGGGAGUGUUGUUGUAUCAGAUGAAGUCGGUUUGAUCUUUGAAAACACUGACGUAAGUCGUUUCAGUGUUAAUAAAAGAUCGUCAUUCCAACAUUUUAAAGAUAGGUUACAGAUGAAGGUGAAAGCUGGAUCAGUGUCACAGAUUAUGUACAAAAAUAUUGUCCAUUUUGGGGACAAUCGCUUUAAAUUUGUUCCACUAAAGGUUCGUGACGACGAGGAUGUUGAAACGAUGUUCUCGAAUCAUGAAUGUUUUGGGUUUCAACACAUUGAAUUAUAUGUAACAUUUGCACAAUGUGAAGAAACUCAAAUUUCUCAGGUCAUCAAUCCGUCCAUAAUUCCACACGAAGCAGUCGAAGAAGAAGACGGCGAAGAAGAAAACGAGGCACAGGUUGAUGAUUUAUUUUCUACUUUGUUUGAGGAAGGGAACAUUGUCAACGAAGUCAACAAAGAUGAACAAUACAUUCCAGUUGAGAAUGUAUUCACCCCACCGGCACAUAUGACAACCCUGCCAUUAAAUGUAGAAACAACAUCAUUUGAUUGGCCACAGACUCCUCAUAUUCCAAUGGAGGGUGACAUAGAAGUCGCUAACCAAUUUAAAAAUAAAGCUGACUGUGUUGCUGCCAUUAAGCAAUACCACAUGAAACACUGCGUGGAUUAUAAAGUGACAGAUUCCGACAAGAAGAGAUACAUAAUUUGUUACAAGAAUGAUUCCUGCAAGUUUCGUCUAUUGGCGUCCUACCGUAAAAGAAGUGACUUGUGGGAGAUAGGCAUUAUGAACCCACCUCAUAGUUGCUCAACAACUUUGUUUAAUCAGGAUCAUCAAAAACUAACCUCGCAGUUAAUGUCUCAGAAAUUAAUGCCUUUUGUAGACAAGGAUCCUUCUAUUAAGGUUAGUGUUUGCAUAAGUAAAAUUGUUUCUAAAUACAAUUUUACUCCGUCUUACAGAAAGACAUGGAUAGCAAGAAAUAAAGCAAUUGAACAAGUGUACGGUAAUUGGGAGAGCUCAUACAAUGAACUUCCACAUUUUCUGUUAGCACUUAAAAAAUUUGUUUCGGGCACUGUGCUGGAAAUAGAAACCUUACCCAUGUAUACAGCUAACGGAACUAUUGUUGAAGGGAAACACAUCUUCCACCGGCUAUUUUGGGAAUUCCAACCAUGCAUCAGGGGUUUUUCCUAUUGCAAACCUAUACUUCAAAUUGACGAAACCUGGUUAUACGACAAGUACAAGGGUACACUGCUUAUCGCAGUGGCACAAGAUGGCAACAACAAUAUAUUUCCUGUUGCUUUUGCCCUUGUGGAAGGUGAAACCGCUGAAGGUUGGGGAUUUUUUUUGAGAAACUUAAGGAGGCAUGUUGCGUCACAACCAGGUCUAUGUUUAAUUUCAGACCGACAUGCAUCAAUUGAAAGUGCAUACAACAAUGUGGAGAAUGGUUGGCAUGAUCCCCCAUCAGUGCAUGUUUAUUGUAUCCGACACAUUGCACAAAAUUUUAUGAGAAAAAUCAAGGACAGGAACCUACGGAAAAAAAUAAUUAACAUGAGGUACGAUUUAAACCAACCAACAUUUCAUUACUAUCGGUCAAAGAUUGGCAUGGCAAAUGCAAAUGCUUUAAGGUGGAUUGACAAUAUUCCAGUCGAAAAAUGGACAAGAGCAUUUGACGGGGUUCGACGUUGGGGUCACAUGACUACCAAACUUGUUGAGUCAAUGAAUGUUGUCUUUAAAGGCACACGUCAUUUGCCCAUUACAACAUUGGUAAGGGCAACAUAUUAUAGGCUGGGAUCUUUAUUUGCUGAACGGGGUUCAAAGUGGAGUGCUGUGUUGAAUUCUGGCGAAACAUUUACAGACAACUGCCUCAAGGUGAUGAAAGAAGAAACAACAAAAUCCAGCACACAUCAAGUCAAAAUUUUAGACUAUGCUAACAAUGUUUUCAAUGUGAAGGAGACAAUGGACCAUGGUGAGGGGAAGCCUAUGGGACAUUAUAAGGUCGACCUCUUGAACGGAUGGUGUGACUGCGGAAAGUUUCAAGCAUUUCGUGUCCCUUGCUCACAUGUUAUCGCUGCAUGUUCGAAUGUGCUCCACGAUGCUUACGCUCUUUUGUCUGACGUUUAUAGGGUUACAAACCUGUUUGGGGUUUACAGCAAUAGCUUUCCAGUGAUGCCGUACGAUAAAUAUUGGCCCGUUUAUGAAGGAGAUCGAAUUUUCCAUAACCCAAGAAUGCGGAGGAACAAGAAAGGUCGCCCAGUAAGCACAUGUAUUACAACCGAAAUGGAUAACUUUGAUAAGCUUGAGAGAAAAUGUUCAAUGUGUCGUCAAACGACCCACAAUCGAACCCGGUGUCCCAAUGUGGGAACAAGUAAUCGUUAG